UUGUUCGCUUGCUUUUAUUCAAGUUAUCCAUUCACUCACAUAAUUCGUUCUACCGUCUACUGAAAUCAGUUAUCCAAUACGCGAAAGUGUUCAAGUUGUCGAGGAUGCCCUCUGAUAAAGAUAUUCUAGUAGAAUUAACAAAAGAAGAAAUUUCAGAAUUAAAAGAAACCUAUAAAAAAGUCGAAGAGGCGUUCUAUGUUUACACAUUGUUGGAUGUAGCAGAGAGAUGGUAUGGAAAAGAAGGUUUCACUGUAACUUCGCCUGGUGACGCUUGGAAGGAAGACGGUUCUAUCGUUGUACUCAUAGAUCUCGGCCAUGUUGCCGUUUUUCCAUAUUCUCUCAGUGGAAAAUACGAGAAGAUUUCCGAAGGACUUUUGAAGACCAGCAGGAUAGACCGCCAAAAACCUUUUAUUCUCGUCAACAUCAUGGAUAACUACUCGGAUGACAUCUUGAACAUUGUACGAAAUAUGGGAAGGAAAGUCGAAGCGAAUUACGAAAAUUUCUUUUACACCAUGACUAUCGAGAAGGCGAAAUCCUUACAAGUCGAGUGCCCAAAGGAAACUUACGUGAAGAGACUGUGCGAGGACCACGCCGAGCAGAUGAAUAGAGUUUGGCCGCAUCGUUUCGAGAAUUCCGAGAAGUUAGUGGCGAAAUGGCUGUCGAGAAACGUCGGUUAUGGUUUGUUCCUGAAGGAAAACGAUGAACUGGUGUCUUGGGUAAUGCAGGGUUAUCUUGGUCACAUAAAUCUGCUUCAGACCGAGCGGGAAUACAUGGGAAGGGGUUAUGGCGGUGUGAUGCUUCUGCUGAUGGCCAAACACAUUGCGGAAGAAGGACACGUUCCGGUAGCGACGGUGUUGACGAAAAAUACAGCCUCCAAUAGCCUUUUCAAAAAACAAGGUUUCGAGAGCAAGUCUAAAAGUUUUUUCAUGAUAAUAAGUCCAGUCACUGAAUGAAUAGACCUUAAGUAUCUUGAGAGCUGUAGAAAAUAUGCUGU